AUGAUUUCUCUAUUUUAUUUUGUUUCUUUCUUUUUUAUUCUUUUAUAUUUAUUUAUUUCUUUUUCGUUCUUUCGUUUUUAUUCUUUAUUUUUCUUUUUCUUUUUCUCAAUUCUUUCGUUCUUUCGUUCUUUCUUUCUUAAUUCUCUACACUCACACACAGUACUUUUUCUUUCUCUCUUUCCAUUCGUUCUCUCUCUCUCUUUCCAUUCGUUCUCUCUCUCUCUUUCCAUUCGUUCUCUCUCUCUCUUUCCCUUCGUUCUCUCUCUCUCUAUAUUUCCAUUAUUUUCUCUCUCUCUUUUCAUUCGUUUCUCUCUCUCUCUCUCUUUGUUCUCUCUCUCUCUCUCUCUUUCUCUCUUCUCAAAAAUUUCGUUCUCUCUCUCUUUUUUUUUUCUCUCUCUCUCUCUCUCUUUUUUUCUUCGUUCUCUCUUUCCCUUCGUUCUCUCUCUCUCUUUCCCUUCGUUCUCUCUCUUUCCCUUCGUUCUCUCUCUCUCUUUCCUUCGUUUCUCUCUCUCUUUCCUCUUUCUCUCUCUCUCUUCGUUCUUUCUCUCUCUCUCUCGUCCAUUUCUUCUCUCUCUCUCUUUCUCGAUUCUCUCUCUCUUUAUUCGUUCUCUCUCUCUUUCCCUUCAUUCUCUCUCUCUCUUUUAUAUUUUCUCUCUCUAUAGAUCUUCAUUCUCUCUCUCUCUUUCCCUUCGUUUCUCUUCUCUCUCUCUCUUUAUUUUUUUCUCUCUCUCUCUUUUUCCUUUUCUCUUUCUCUCUUUCCCUUCGUUCUCUCUCUUUCGUUCUUUUCUCUCUCUCUCUUUCCCUUCGUUCUCUCUCUCUUUCUCCUUCGUCCUUCGUUCUCUCUCUCUUUCCCUUCGUUCUCUCUCUCUCUUUCCCUUCGUUCUCUCUCUCUUUCCCUUCGUUCUCUCUCUUUCUGAAAAUUCUCUCUUUCUCUCUUUCUCUCUCUCUCUCUUUCCCUUCUUUUCUCUCUCUCUCUUUCUCUCUCUUUCCCUUCAAUUUUCUUCUUCUCUCUCUCUCUCUCUCUUUCCCUUCUUUCUCUCUCUCUCUCUCUCUCUUUCCCUUCGUUCUUCUUCUCUCGUUCUCUCUUUCCUUCGUUCUCUCUCUCUCUUUCCUCUCUUUCUGCCUCGUUGA